AUGGCUAGUCAGGCGAAAAUUUUGGAUCCAAUUGCUUUGAACGGGCAAUCUCCUAGACGUGUAGCAUACUUUUAUGAUUCAGAUGUAGGGAAUUAUGCAUAUGGCGCUGGUCAUCCUAUGAAACCUCAUCGUAUUAGAAUGACACACUCACUAAUUAUGAACUAUGGACUGUACAAGAAGAUGGAAAUUUAUAGAGCUAAGCCUGCAACAAAACAUGAGAUGUGUCAGUUUCAUUCAGAUGAUUAUAUUGAAUUUCUUUCUCGGGUAACACCUGAAAAUAUGGAUAAUUAUAUCAAAGAGCAGGGGAAAUUUAAUGUUGGAGAUGAUUGUCCUGUCUUUGAAGGAUUGUUUGAAUUUUGUGCUAUUAGUGGAGGUGGAAGCAUGGAGGGUGCUGCAAGACUUAACAGAGGUAAAUGUGAUAUUGCAUUAAAUUGGGCAGGUGGAUUGCAUCAUGCAAAAAAAUCGGAAGCUAGUGGAUUCUGUUAUGUAAAUGAUAUUGUUUUAGGCAUUAUCGAGCUUUUGAGAUAUUAUCCUAGGGUUCUUUAUAUUGAUAUAGAUGUGCAUCAUGGGGAUGGUGUGGAGGAAGCAUUUUAUACUACUGAUAGGGUUAUGACAUGUUCAUUUCAUAAAUAUGGAGAAUAUUUUCCCGGUACAGGAGAGCUUAGAGAUAUUGGGGUUGGAAAAGGGAAAUAUUAUUCUGUUAAUUUUCCUUUGCGUGAUGGUAUUGAUGAUGAAUCAUAUGCUUUUGUUUUUGAGCCAGUUGUUUCAGCAUGUAUGGAAUGGUAUCGUCCAGGUGCUGUUGUUUUGCAAUGCGGGGCAGAUAGCCUUGCAGGAGAUCGUCUUGGUUGUUUUAAUUUGAGUAUGAAAGGGCAUGCUGCGUGUGUUAAAUUCGUUAAGAAAUUUGGAUUACCUACAUUAGUUUUAGGAGGUGGUGGAUAUACAAUGCGAAAUGUUUCUCGGACAUGGACUUAUGAAACAGGUUUAAUUAAUGAUGUUGAGAUAGGACCUGAAAUGCCGUUUAAUGAUUAUUACGAAUAUUAUGGGCCUACAUAUGAUCUUAAUGUUCCUGCAAGUAAUAUGCAAAAUAUGAAUUCAAAAGAAUAUUUGGAAAAAAUAAAAACAGAAGUUUUAAAGAAUCUUUCAAGAACAAAAUUUGCUCCUAGUGUUCAGAUGCAAAAUGUUCCUCUGGAUAGAAAUAAUGAUUCUGAAGAAGAAGAAGAAGACCCUGAUAAACGCAAAAACAUUUUAUGGAAUAAAAAUCCCCAACGAUCUGAUGAGUUUAGUGAUUCUGAUGAUGAGGGUGAUGGGAAUCGUCGUGAUUUUACUUUUUUUGAUUUUGUAAAAAAUAAUUCUGAUUUUCAAGACUCUUCUAAAGUUGGGCUUAAUGCUGAAGAAUUGGAAAAUAAUUCAAAACAUAAUGAUUUUAAUAUUAAGUCUGAGUACAAUGCGGGAGUUGUAGAAGUAAAAAAUGAGGAUAUUGAAUUAAAAUUUGAGUUAAACGCAGAAGAUAGUACUGUAUUUAAUUCAGUAUCUUCUCCGAUAUCGACGAUGGAUAAUGUAAAUAAUAAUAUGGCUAUUUGA